AUGCUAGAUGGUACAAUUUCCCAGACUGGUUGCAUUUGGCACCAGGUUCAACUUGCAGUUUUGGCCAAUGGCCACCCCCACACCAUCCCUUUUCUUGUUUGCCCCAUAGGCAACACCCCAGCAAUCUUAGGCAUGACAUGGCUGACAUCAGAAGCACCCCUCAUCAACUGGCAGCUAGGACUAUUUGCCCAGGUCUUUGGUGAAGAGGAGUUCAAGGUCCUCCCUCCACACAGGGAGUAUGACAUUGCAAUUGACCUGGUUCCUGAUGCCAAACUCUCACCUGGGCCAAUUUAUGGUAUGACCAAUGCAGAAUCCAAGGCACUCAAACAGCAUAUUGACAAAGAAUUGGCAAUGGGCAAGAUCUGCCCUAGUGUUAUAGAUAGGGAAAAAAAAUAG